AUGUUCGGUUUGAUCAUGACGUGUGCUCAGCUACGAACGGAGUAUAUCAAAAUCAUCCUACGCACAUUUGAUUUCUGGUUUCUCCAGACAGCAAAUACGAUUUGGGCCGUCGUCUUGAGUGCAGUUAUGAGCGAUCUUCGAGUGGUUCUUAUCGUUUUCUGCUGGUUGGAUUUCACAGCUUGGCUUCUUCAAGAAACGUAUCUGCGGAAUUCCAACGCUGUGGUAGCUGUCGCCCUAUUCGAGUGGGUAUUUUACGUGCUACUGAUGGUUGAGAUCGUGCUGGAUUUGGUGGAUCAAGUUCAUCAUUACGCUAUUACUACUGCUUGUGGAUGUACACUUUCGACGAAAGAUAUACUAGUGAAUGUGAUCGGAACGAUGACAAUGUUGUCAUUGCGAAACCUGUGGAGACGAUAUCAACUCGUGAAGUGUCGUAAACCCGGGUACAGCUAUGAAAGCUCCAGGAUUUCGGACCGACCGCCUCUACAGAUGCGUCUUUCAGCACCAGCUGAUCGAUUUGAAACCAAAGACACAGUAUGGCCUCGAAUUGGCGCACUAGGGCCGCUGAAGACUUGGAAAACGGCUGCUCUGUACACAUGUGGAACUACAGGAGGAGCUUUUGCUACCCUUUCGUUGUUCCUGACAGGAAGCGAGCUCGGUGCUGUCAUCGGAUUAGUGGCAAGUGCUGUCUUUAGUGGAGUGUAUGCUUGUUGCUGUCAACGUCAAUUACUUGUGCGGCUCGUAACAUCAUUCCACUUCAUUUUUCUAUACUCACAGAUCUUCGCGAUUGGAUUGUGUGUUGUUGAUUUGCUCGAUUGGAACUGGGCUUAUGUUUGCGGUGUGGGGUCCAGUUUACUUUUAACUUUCACAUUUCUGACCAUGGAUGCGCUCACUCCGAUUAUGAAACGAAGACUCUGCUUCGCUUACUGGAUGGCUAUUGCCGCCGUCGUGCUCUUCCUGACGGUGCAUUUAGUACUGGUUCUAGAUGUUUUGGUAUUUGGUCAUUGGGAUCUUCAGGAUCGAGUGUUCUUAAAGUUUUAUUUGCUCGAACAACGUGCAACGGUUUACGUCAUCCCGACCUUACUUAGCCGUGUUGCUACUGUCAUUGUAUGGGCCGGACGCUUUGUGUACGUUGCGAUGACGCGCCAAGAUGACAACGCGCUAGUUCUCCUUCGAGGAGACGUAGAAUUCGACUUUGAAGGCUGA